CGUUUCAGUUCCACACCACGCCGAACUUGUUUUCCCCGGUCACGAUGGCGACCCAGCAGCCGCCAGAUCCCAGAGCGCUGGGUAACUGGGAGGAUGCCUUUCAAUAUCCCCUGCCUGUGGUGCGGAACCUCGAGCAGCAACUCCGCCAGAACAUCGAGGAGAAUCGCCAGAAACUACGAUCUUUGGUCGGAACGAGCUACCGCGACUUACUGGGAACGGCAGAGAGGAUUAUCGAUAUGGAUCGUCAGAUUCAAGAGGUAGAGAAUCAUAUGGCAGAAAUUGGGAGGAAGUGCGAUGCCCGAAUUGUGGAAAGGAUUGGAGACAACCACAAGAGACUCAAGGGUGAAAGAGGACAAGAAGAGCGGUCACGAUAUGCAACGCUGGCGCAGACCAAGGUCUUGCAGAAUGCGAUUGCAGUGACGGGUAGAUUGGUGAGGAAGAAUGGAGAUGCACUGGUGGCGGCGAAACUGCUCAUGCUUGCGAGAUUGCUGCACAAAAGUUUGAGCGAGCAGGCCAAUCCUCCUCCGGUCGUUUUGGAAGAUUGGAGACGAAAACUUGCGCAAGCUAGACAGAGACUGCUUGCGUACAUAUCGAGGUCAUUGGUGAGGUCCAACGCCGACAAGGAAGUUACGGUGAACACAUUGUGCGCAUACUCACUCCUAUCGAAUGCGACGCCGAAGGAUGUCCUGCGAUAUUUCUUGCAGACGAGAUUCCAGCAGUUGGAGGUGCACGCCGAGACGCCUUCUGAAACUAGUCUUAUGGACAUGCUGGACCUCUACAGUCGCACGCUGCUCGAUUCAAGGGAGUUGUUUCCCAGACGUUUCGCAGAUGCGUUGUCCCACAUCACCAAAGGUACCUUAGUGAGAGAUCAGGACGUUCGCUCUGUAGACGAACUGAGUCUUGAUGUCUAUGAAAGAUGGAUUACUGAAGAUGUUCGGAACUUCCACCCUUGGCUCAGACAUGAUCAGCUCGCGGCAUCAGAUGUGGCAGAGGCAUCGGCAUCCUGGACGAAGCAAGCACAAUCUUGUCUCCUCGAGGCUCUCAAGUCGGCCUUGGAAAACCAAAAUGAUGCUCAAACUGUUGUAGCCCUACGACAGAACGUGGUCUCGAAAUAUCUGUCGCUGAAUGCACAGCUUCGAAGCGAAGUGCACUCCAAAGCGAUGAACGACCUACGCACCGCAUUUCUUGAUCGUCUCGAGGCCCUUGCCGAGCAAGCAGCCACCAUCACGGAUUUCACGCCCAACGAACAAGCAUUUCGGUCACCAUCGCACUCGACGAAUAUGUGGAAUCUUGCCACAGAGCCGACGGAGCUCAGUGGCGGAGCGAUUGCGCUUCGUCAUGCAGUUCUGCAAAGACAACAUGGCCGCACAGACACGAUUUCGCACUUCACCAAUGCUCUUGACGAUUGGCUUGGUAGACUGCAGAAGUAUAACGAAGUCAUUGGCUCGAUGCGGAGCAGCAAGUGGGAUCUAGACCUGGACCUGGACCUCGACGAUCUUGAAGACGAUGAUCCACUGCAAGUCAUCCUGAGCAAGCAAGAUCCACAGCAACUCGAAAAGAGGCUUUCCAGAGCCACAGCCUCGUCCCUGCAGAAAGCCUACAGCGCCACUGAGAAGGCUUUCGAGUCAGGACUUGAUCCGACCCUUCUAAUCCGCUUGGUGAGAGAAAUAGACCUGCGAAGACGAUGGCUGGAGGAAGAAAUUGAGGAUGUCAAAUCCAUCAAGCCCAACGCAGCAUUCAUCGUGAUUUUGCAAGAGAAGAUAGCAGUCCGGAUCUCGGAGGAUGUUGUGAAGGCAUAUCUCCAGAAGAUUCUCCAGCCAACACAUAGACCAAUCACAUUGUGGGACGGAUCGCCACCACUACCAGUCCAACCAUCUCCGGCAGUCUUCCGGUUCCUGAAAUCUCUGCAAGCGGCAAUGUCUGCGGUUGGCAACGAUCUUUGGAGUCCGGCUGCGGUUGCAGCUUUGAAGAUUCAUAAUGCCGACAAGUUGGGGAUGGGGAUGGGGAGGGUAUUGGAAGAGAUGGACCAGAGUGACGAUGGUGUGGCACUGACUAAUGGCCAUGCGGAAGCUCCGAAGGCGGCGGAAGGGGAGAAAAUGUCUGGUGCUGCUGCGGGGAAGGAUCGACUGGUGGAAUUUUUGUUUGAUGGAAUGUAUUUGCGUCGCAUACUGGUGGAGAAAGGGUCAGGCAGUGAGAUGGUUGGUUUUGUGGAGAAGUUGAAGAGGCGAAUCAAGCUUGAUGCUGCUUUGAUUGAGCGUUUGGAGAAGAGUGUGGAUGAGUUUUGGGCGAGGACGUAUCUUCUCUUUGGUUUACUCGCCACGGGAUGCUCGGCUUGA